GCGCGUGGGGGUGGGGGGGGGGCCCGGGCCGGAGCGCGAGGGGCAGGCCGGCCUGCGAAGGGGCCGCACGGGGCAACCGGCCAGGGAGCGAGCGGGGCAGCGGGCGGGGCUCCUGACCAAGGGAAUGUCAUGCUCAAGUGUGUAACCUUCUAACAUGGCAGACGGAGGUCAGAAAGAAGUAAUCGACUUGAAUAGUUUCCGGAGCCAUCGAGGAAAAGAUAGGGGAGACGAGGGGCUCAUCACUAUAUCGGACUCCUCGGACGAAGACCUGCCCGUGAUGUUGGACACACCCGUCCGCCAGCAGUGGGAAGACGAGGAUGAUGAAGACGUGGUCAUCUUGACGGAGACGGCCACCAAAUCAUUCCUGCGGCCCAACGUCAUCAAGCCCGCCGCCCCCUGGCAAGUCGUUGAGAAGACGGGGGAAGGAGGAUCGGAUGGCGACGUGGUGGCGCUUCCUCACCAAGACCACAAGGCCAAAGCCCCGGCUUCCCCGAGGCUGCCCGGAACUACCCGCCGGAACUGCCUGAAGGCGGGAAGCGCCGCGGGGCGGGGCAGGCCGAGCCAGGCUGAAGUCUUGGAGUUACCCGAUUCUCCAGAUCCCGCCGACCCCGGGGAGGUCAGCGGAGCAGAGGCUGGGCCCAGCGUGGUUCCGAAGAGAGAGGCGGCUCCGGAGGUUAUUAAUUUGGAGGAAGUGGGGCCUGAUCGGGAGAGCCAAGAAGAAGAAGAAGAAGAAGAGGGAGAUCGGACGCUUCCACCACAGCAGGACCCCAAACCUUUCCAUUGCGCGAAGGAGAACAUGCGGCUGGAUCAUCCGUACUUCCAGCCGGCGAAGGAGGAGGCACGGACUGGGGUCAAUCCUCUCCCUUCUCAGCCUGGAGCGUUAGAAAGAGAACUUGGGCCUUUGCCGAGGGUGUACCAGGGAGAGAUUCCCGGGCCAGCUUUCCCCAGGCCCGAGCCUCAGCAGGACGGGAUCCCAGGCCCCGCUUCCCCUCAACUAGCUCACCCCCCGGAGGAAAACGGAGGCCAGGAGGCGGUAAUAAACGAGCAGGCCGGGCCGGCGUUUCCAGUCCAAGGGUCGCUGAAUACCAGCUCCGGCGAGCUUCCCAAGCAGACGGCUACUCUGCUGGACAAAGACCUCCUUGUUUUACUCACCCGAGAAACGGAAGCCAGGUUUCCCGAUGCAACGAGAGAGUACAUCGAAGAGCUGAUACAGAGCAAAAACUGCAAUGACUUAAACAUACUCUGUAAUUUUCUUCUGGAAAAUCCAGACUAUCCAAAGAAGGAACUCAAUAUGGUUUUAAAUCCAAAUAGCAGCCUGCUUUCCAGCCAAGACGAGACAAAGGUGCCUAAAGUGGAUUAUUUUGACUUCUCCAAACUGGAUCCGCUCGACCAACGUUGCUUCAUUCAAGCCGCCGACCUCCUCAUGGCCGACUUCAAAAUGCUGAGCAGCCAAGACAUCAAGUGGGCCCUCCACGAACUCAAGGGACACUAUGCAAUCACACGAAAGGCCUUUUCCGAUGCCAUCAAAAAAUGGCAGGAAUUAUCUCAAGAAACCAGCGGGAAGCGAAAAAGGAGGAAAGAGAUGAAUCAGUAUUCUUACAUCGACUUCAAAUUUGAGCAGGGUGACACGAAGAUUGAGAAGCGCAUGUUUUUCUUGGAAAACAAGAGGCGUCACUGGAGGAGUUACGACCACCUCUCCCUGCUGCCCCCCGUGCAGCUGGAGAGGGAGUUUUACGAACAGAAGAUCAAGGAGAUGGCAGAGCAUGCAGACUUCCUUCUCGCCCUGCAGAUGAAUGAGGAGCAGUAUCAAAAAGACGGCCAGAUGAUCGAAUGCCGCUGCUGCUACGGGGAAUUUGCCUUCGAAGAGCUGACGCAGUGCGCCGACGGACACCUGUUCUGCAAGGAGUGCUUAAUAAAAUACGCGCAGGAGGCCGUCUUUGGCUCCGGGAAGUCGGAGCUCAGCUGCAUGGAAGGGAGCUGCACUUGUUCCUUCCCCACCACCGAACUGGAGAAAGUGCUUCCUGAAAACAUCCUUUGCAAAUACUACGAGAGGAAAGCCGAGGAGGAAGUGUCGGCUGCUUGCGCGGAUGAACUCGUCAGAUGUCCCUUUUGCAACUUCCCGGCUCUCCUGGACAAGGAGGUGAAGCGGUUCAGCUGUCCCAAUCCGUGCUGCAGGAAGGAAACCUGCAGAAAAUGCCAAGGUCUCUGGAAGGAACACAUGAACCUGACGUGUGAAGAGCUGGCAGAAAAGGACGAAAUUAAAUACAGAACAUCCAUAGAAGAGAAGAUGACGGCGGCCCGCAUCAGGAAGUGCCACAAAUGCGCCACCGGCUUGAUCAAAUCGGAAGGCUGCAACCGCAUGUCGUGUCGUUGCGGGGCCCAGAUGUGCUACCUCUGCCGAGCUGCCAUUAACGGGUACGACCACUUCUGCCAGCACCCUCGUUCCCCGGGAGCCCCGUGUCAAGACUGUGCCAGGUGUUCCCUUUGGACGGACCCCACGGAGGACGACGAGAAGAUCAUCCAGGAAAUUCAGAAGGAAGCGGAAGAAGAGCAAAAGAGGAAGAACGGAGAAAACAGUUUUAAGCGGAUCGGCCCUCCGGCAGAAAAACCCGCGGAGAAGAUCCCACGGAUCGAAGCCAUCCCCAGGCCGGUUCCCCAGAACUUCCACCACCACCACCACCACCAUCAAAUGCGCCCCUACCCGUUCGGUCACCCCCCUUUCCCCCUGGCCCCCGUGCACCCCCUGUACAACAACCUGGGGCCCAUCAACUUGGGGCCCAUCCCGGCCCCUUACGUCCCCCCACUCCCCAACAUGAGAGUGAACUACGACUUCCCCCCAAUGAACCUGCAGUUGGAGCCCAACCUCCCUAUGCACUUUGGGCCUCAGCCUCGGCAUCGGUUCUGAUCCCGCUUUCGGGAUAGGCGCCGUUCCUUCCGGAACUUUGCUGCAGGGAAAGUCCACACACACUGGUUGUCGACGGUCGCUCCCGCCCGCCCGCCCACCCGCUUCCACGAAACUACAAUGUCCACUUGGGCUCCUGUUCCUUCCCGCCUCCUGGUUGUCUCUCUCAGUUCAGAGGUCCGUUUCCCCCCUCCCUCCCUGCCCUCCGCUAGGUGCAGGGGAGCCCUAGUUUGCAAUAAGGGUUUAUCCCGGCACUGUUUUAAUUUUUCUCCAGGUGCUCACGCUAUUCGAGAAGAGGGGCUUCCGCAGGAGUUGGGUGGGAGGACGGGGGCGACAUUAUGGCCCAAAUGCGUUCUAGGUCAACCAAAUUUGUCCUGGUCAACUUCUUCCAUUAGCUGUAGGACCUCCCAAUAUCUGAACCCCCAAAAGAGGUUGAAGGUAGCAGGGGAACUCUUUGGAAUAUUUGAAACACUCAAGUGGCGGUCCUUAAUUCCCAGAAAACCAAGCGUGGUGGGGGUUUGUGUGUGUGUGGUUUUCUUUUUUUUUGGCUUAGAUCUUCCACCGCUUCCUCCUCCUGCUAGGAAAAGCAGGGGACAGAUUCCGGGGUUUCCUAACGCGAGCUGGGAGAGACCCCUCGGGAAUUUGACGCACCUCGAUUGCAGCUCAGAGGGGGAGCUUUGAAAAGACAAACCGGAUCGGUCUUGAAAUUAAAUUGGCGGUCGUGGCCAUCGCCGUGGCCGGCUGCCGCUUUUCGGUUA